AUGGAGAAUACGAUGCAGUUUGCUUCGAGGACGACGGGCCCUGCCAGUCGAGUCGUGACUGCCUCUUCCAUAAUGAAUCACUGCCAGAAGCGUCGAAGAAUACAACUGGUUCCAGUAUUACGUAUCUCGGCGAUCUUGUUGCUGACGAUCCAGUUUCAUUUCUCACGCUGCUAUGCGGAGGCAAUCGACCUUAACCCGGUUGAAGAAUGGCUCGCGGAGCAUGGAGAUGCAAACCUUCAGAACCUCAUCGAUUUUGUUUCCAUCCCAUCAGUUUCUAGUGACCACGACCACGCUCACGACGUACGCGAGUGUGCAAAGUGGCUCAAGGCAGAUCUCCAGGACGCUGGGUUAGAGAAUGUUGAGAUUCUCGAAACAAAAGGCCAUCCAUCAGUGUAUGCAGAUUGGUUACGCGCCGACGACCCCGAUGCACCCACUGUUCUAAUUUACGGACAUUUCGACGUCCAACCAGCCGACCCGGUGGAUUUGUGGACUACGCCGCCUUUCGAACCUCACGUUCGGGAGGGGAAGCUCUAUGGGAGGGGCGCCAGCGAUGACAAAGGGAAUAUGUACGUUCCGGUUGUCGCCAUUAAGGCGUAUUUGAAGACUUUCAAAAAGCUCCCUGUCAACGUUAAGCUUCUUCUUGAGGGCGAGGAGGAGAUUGGGUCUCCGCAUAUGCGGCAGCUUCUGGAGCAUCACGCCGCCAAAUUUGCCGCCGAUUACGCCUUCAGCGCUGACGGAGGCAUGGUGUCUCCCACGACUCCCAGCCUAUGUCUGAUGUUGCGUGGGGCGUUCGCUAUGGAGCUCACGCUUCGGACGGCGGACCGCGACAUGCAUAGCGGAUCUUUUGGGGGAGGCGUGCAGAAUCCGCUCCACGCGAUGGCGCACCUACUGGCGUCGCUGCAUGACAUGGAGACUGGGAGGAUUAACGUGCACGGGUAUUACGAUGACGUUGACGACCUUACUGAGGAAGAGCGCGCCGACAUUGCAAAGUACCCGGUGCCGGAGAGCGAACGGCUAAGACACGAAGGGGUCAAUGUUUCUGUGGGCGAAAUAGGGUUUAAUUUUUAUGAGAGAACAUGGGCACGUCCGACUAUCGAAGUUGUCGGCAUGUGGGGCGGUUUUUCUGGGGAGGGUAUCAAGACAGUGCUACCUCGCGAAGCGCAUGCAAAACUUGUGUGCCGCACAGUGAGUAGCCAGAGCGCGGACACCUCCCGCAAGCUUAUCGAAUCCCAUCUAACCUUGGCAGCCGCCAAAAUCCCGGGGGCAGUCCUAGAAAUCACGCGCAACCCCUUCAGCGGGAGCCCUUUCAAAACGUCCAAAGACACGCCCGGCAACACAGUCGUCGCCGCAGUUCUGCGGAAUUUGUUCGGUCGCGAACCUGUGGGAAUGGGAAUGGGUGGCUCCAUCCCCGUGUUCACGCUUUUACGCGAAAUCCUCUCUGUGGAAACGACUAUGCUUGCGUUCGGACACUCUGACGAAAACGUACAUGCCCCGGACGAGUUUGGACGCAUCGACAGCUUUCGGAAGGGAGAGAAGGCCUACGUGAGACUUUUUCAGGGCCUCGCAGACGCGCAUGCGGCUAGCCGACAGGGAAAGGUUGAGUUGUAG